AUGCCCAACAAAAAGAAAAACAAACGAAAGUCUGGUAACGGAAAGAAAGUGCAAUCAGAAAAUCGGGAAAAACAAGAUUCUUCAACCAAUCAAGAUGAUACUAUGAACUUAGCAACAACAACCAUAUCAUCAUCAACUUCAGAACGUUCGGAUUCAGUUCCUAACGACACUUCAUCAAUCCGUCUUUCAAGUUUACCUACUGUUUCUAAUACUACUGACGCUAUACCCGAUUCUGAUCAAAAGAUUCAUAAGGACAAUUCAAUGUCAACCAAAGGUUCUGAUCCAGAGCAAUCAACUAAAGGCGCUCAAAGUCUAUAUACCGAUGCAAAAAGUUGGGUGGACAGAUCACCUAGUACCAGUCGAACGUCGAUCAAUCUUGAUGAAGGCUAUUUAACUGCUCUUGAUACUCCAAUCGAUUCUCAAUCAAAUCAAAACUUUCCAAAUCAAAAUCAUCAAUUAGAAGAAGAACAAGGCGAAUUAAGUUUACAAGCUUUAGAUCGACAUCUUUCUACUUUACUUUCAGAUCAAGAUCAUCAAUCCAAUAUGAAUCAAAGCCUGACUAUGAUCGAUGCUAUCAACCCGAACCCAUUGGCUUCGAAACUGGAAGUGGGUAGUUUGGGAUUAACCAAUUCGUAUUCGAAGAAUGCCUCGGGUUUGGAUCCUUCGUCAGAAGUCUUCAGUCCAAGACUACCACCAUGCUCUCUACCAGAGCAAAGUGAUACCAUCGACGCGUCGAAAGAGGAUCGAGUUACCAAACCAUCUGUAGAUUUGACUUCAGAAUCUGUAAAGGAUUUGAAACAAGAAGCAAUACCACAAGAUACAGAUGAUGAUACCCCAGAUCAAAAAACCGAUCACGAUCACGAUCAUCAAAGUGAUAUGGAAUCCAACGGAAGACAUUGUGUAGAAAGUUUAUCACAACAAUCUACUGGGAUCGAAAGUCAAAUAAGUUUAAUCGAUCCUAUCAGAGCCCAACCGAUCACUAGUCCUACUUCAAUCAAUUCUGAUCUAAACGACAGUUUAUGUCAAAUCACACCUACUCUUGCUCACCCUAAUGGAUUUGAAGGUCAGCUUGAUCGAAAGGUAUCUGAAUCCAAGGAGGAAGCUCAUCCUGAUGAUCAAAACAAUCCAGAGAUUCAUGCUGUUGAUCAGCCUCUCUCUGAGAUAAACGCGUCUAAUUUACCUUCAGAUGCAUCUCCCCUUGGCUUUGUCAAAGCGGACCUUCAAGCCGAUCAUAAUGAUACGGAUGUCACAUCCUCCUCGAUUCAGAAAGAAGAUUCUUGUCAUAUGGAGACAAAUCCUUUAGCAAGCGAUGUAGAGUCUACCUUGCAAUAUACCGAUGAAGAAGUUCCUACCAGUCUGGCUUCGACAGAUGAACCCAACAGGACCACAUCUAAUUCUAUCGCUUCAUCAGAGACAUCUUCUGAUCACGUAGUCUCAUUGGACGCCAUCCCCACGUCUAAUACAGUACUUACAUCCUCAAGUGGCUGUACCAAUGAUGAUACUUUUAUGACAUCCAAGUCGCAUUCCCGACCGGAUUUCGAAACUGCAAUUCUAUCAAGCUCGAUGACGAGCUCUGAAGUGGGUGCAGCUCUGCUUGUGCCACAAGCGGAUCGAUCGACAGGAUCUCAUUCUCUAGCCAACAAGUCUCUAGCAUCCGGAACAGAGGAGGCUCUUACUCCAGUCGUUGACCAGAACUUGAAUAAAGAACGUGUUUCAUCUUUAUCCGAUGUAAGUUUUGGAGAUCAUGUCACCUCAGAUCCAAGUGACGAAAGAGUUGACCAUGGCUUCCUCUCACAGCACUUGAAGAACGAUGUCGAACAUGAUUCAGCUAAGGUGGAAACUACUGCGGUACCUUUACCAACAGUCGAUGCUACCGAUCUAGCUUCCUCGGUGCAAGAGGACCUCUCGCUUUCCGAACCGAUUGAGAAAGUCAUGCAACCGUCCACCUUAGAUGCUCAAGAUAUUGUCUCUGUAGAGUCUCAUCAAUUCGGUUCGGAUACUGGUCUUGUGAAGAUGGUUUUAGAUGAUACAAGUAGUCAAACCAUCACUCCUCAAUCUCCACAACCCGUCAUUUCAUCCUUGAUAUCAUCUACUCCUGGAUCUGAUUCUCAAGAUACCAAUGUGGAAAUGGAAGGAAAAGUUAUGGAACAUACCACUUCCUCACAAAUCGAACUUGUUGAUAAUGUACCCAAGGAACCUACUACUAUCACUGCCGAACUAAUUGCGCCUACACCUGCGGCUACUGAUAAUACAGCAAACGAACCUACCACCAUCACUGCUGAACUGAUCAAUCCACCUACACCUCCGCCUACAAAUGAUAGACCUGAUGAAUUGACCACUUCAGCUACUUUACCCCAAACAGAUACCAUACCUGUUGACGCUAACUCUUCACAACCCCUUAAUGAUACCCAAUCAAAAGAGUCACCAGCUGCAUCUGUGAACAGAUCCAGAUCGAUGUCCAAAAUGUUUUUCAAAUCAUUGAAUACUCGAAAAGAAUUAAACAAACCAAGCGAUAAAUCCAAAACUCUUAAACCAUCCUUUACGAUUACAGAAGAGAUCAUCGAAGAGAAAGUAUCAGCAGUGAAAUCGACCUUGAAGAAAAAACGAUCAUUGAGUGGAUUGAAACAGAAAGCCGUGAAUAGUUGGAAUGGUAGACAUUCCAAUCAACUUCAUUUAAAAGAACCAUUACCUGAUUUGAGUAAAUAUCAAGAUAUUGUUAAUACUAGUCCAAACAAAGAGGUUUCUUCUACUUCACCUGAACAAGUUGAUGGAAGUCAAGAACCACAACCGCAACCGCAACCGCAAGCACCCCAACAACAACAACAAUCGGUGCAAGAUCAAGAACCAGAAGUGGUUGAGAAAAAAAUGAGCGAGGAAGUUGAGAAAAGUGAAUGUAAAGGUGAAGAAGUGAUUACUAGGGUUGCUAGUCAAGCAAGUCUCUAA